UGCACAUCGCAGAGUUAGAAAGUAAAUCUAGUAAUACAUACACAUAUCCGAGAUGGCCACCACCAACAGCCAGAGCCACUACAGCUACACCGACAACAUGAACAUGUACAACAUGUACCACCCCCACAGCCUGCCACCCACCUACUACGACAACUCCGGCAGCAAUAGCUACUACCAAAACAGUUCCAGCUACCAGAGCUAUCAGGGCUACUAUCCCCAGGAGAGUUACUCGGAGGGCUGCUACUACUACAACCAGGAUCAGGUCACCACCAACCAGACUGUCCAGCCCGCCACCCCACCACCCAAGGCUGCCAAGCGCAAGGCCGAAGAAGAUGCUGCCUCCAUCAUCGCCGCCGUCGAAGAGAGACCCAGCACCCUGAGGGCCCUGCUCACCAACCCCGUGAAGAAACUGAAGUACACCCCCGACUACUUCUACACCACCGUCGAGCAGGUGAAGAAGGCCCCCGCCGUAUCCACCAAGGUCACCGCCAGUCCUGCCCCCAGUUACGAGCAAGAAUACGUGACCGUGCCCACGCCCAGCGCCUCCGAGGAUGUCGACUACCUGGACGUCUACUCGCCACAGUCGCAGUCGCAGAAAAUGAAGAAUGGCGACUUUGCCACCCCGCCACCAACCACGCCCACCUCCCUGCCUCCAGUCGAGGGCAUCAGCACACCACCCCAAUCGCCGGGGGAGAAGUCCUCGUCAGCCGUCAGCCAGGAGAUCAAUCAUCGAAUUGUGACAGCCCCGAACGGAGCCGGCGAUUUCAAUUGGUCGCACAUCGAGGAGACUUUGACAUCAGAUUGCAAAGACUCGAAACGCACUCGCCAGACCUACACCCGCUACCAGACCCUGGAGCUGGAGAAGGAGUUUCACUUCAAUAGGUACAUCACCCGGCGUCGUCGCAUCGACAUCGCCAAUGCCUUGAGCCUGAGUGAAAGGCAGAUCAAGAUCUGGUUCCAGAACCGACGCAUGAAGUCCAAGAAGGACCGCACACUGGAGAGCUCCCCGGAGCACUGUGGUGCCGGUUACUCAUCGCUGCUGCCGCCACUGGAGGCCACAACCACCGGCACCACUGGGGUACCAUCAGUGCCGAUGUACCACCACCAAGCAACCGCCGCCUAUCCCGCUUACAACCACAGCCACAGUCACAGCCAUAGCCACGGUUAUGGCCUGCUCAAUGAUUACCCUCAGCAGCAGCAGCAGCAGAGCCUCCAUCAGCAGUAUGAGGCCUACCCGCAGCAGUACCAGCAGCAGUGCAGCUACCAGCAGCAUCCGCAGGACCUGUACCAUCUGCCUUGAAGUGGUCCUGCCU